CUUAGAGAGUGAGCGACAAUGGCGGCAACAACACAUGAGAAUGGAGUGAAGCCGGUCGAGGCCAACGGAAACUCGACAACGACUGAGACGAAGGAGUAUCUGAACGAGCCAUUCAUAGACCUGGUCGAGUUCAUGAACGGCGACGAUGCAACUAGGGCUAGGGCUUGCGAGCUUGUAAGAGACGCGUGCAUAAAGCACGGCUUGUUCCAAGUGACCAACCAUGGCGUCGAUCCUGUUCUGAUUCGAGAAGCGUACGAAGAGAUUGAUUCCAUCUUCGGAAUGCCAAAGGAAUUGAAGAUGAUUGCCGCGAGGAAGCGUGGUGCUGUUAAGGGCUAUUUAGGAACUUAUGAUGAAAAGUUUUCGUCCACCGUACCAUUCAAAGAGAUCUACUCUCUUCAUUACAGCAAUGUUGGAUCUAACACUCAAGUCAUUGACCAUCUCAAGACUGCCUACGGAGAACACCUUCCUGAACGCACCGGGAAGGUGUAUGAGAGGUACGUUGAAGCGAUGACGGAGCUGACUAAAGUGGUGAUGAAGGUGAUUGCGAUGAGUCUGGGAGUGGAUCGAUCACACUUCAGGGAAUAUUUCAAAGACGGCGGAGGCAUUUUGAGAUGCAGCUUAUACCGUCCAUGCGACAAUUCCAAUCUCUCCAUAGCCAAAGGACCUCACAGCGACCCCGUCUGCAUCACCAUUCUUCAUCAAGAUCAAGACGCUGGUCUCGAAGUUCUCAUGGACAACAAGUGGCUCGUCUGUCAACGUCGUCCUGAGGCCUUCGUCGUCAACCUCGGCGACACUUUCCAGGCUUUGUCGAAUGGGAAAUACAGGGGCUGUAUUCAUAGGGCUAUGGUGCUGAAGGAGCAUGAGAGGAGAUCGUUGGCUUACUUUGUGGUUCCGAACAGAGACAAGACAGUGAAACCACCUGAGCUGAUCUUCGGAGAGAAAGAGGAAAGGAAGUACCCUGAUUUCCAGUGGCGUGAUAUGUUCACAUUCACACAGAUCUAUUAUACAGCUGAUACUGAGACUCUUAAUCGCUUCCUUGAAUGGCUUCCCUCCAAGGAUUCUGUUCCAACUGCUGAAGAUGCUUGA